CAAGCUUUCACAAAUUCUGGCACUUUUCUACAAUGGUCUAAUCUCAUCGUCUCGUAAUUUCUUGCAGGCUAUGUCUGCUAUGGAUACGUGAUUGUGCAAACGCUCAUUGUUGAUAUAGAACCAGAUGAGCAUGUGAAGAGGGCAAUGAAUGAGAUCAAUGCAGCUGCAAGACCGAGGGUGGAGGCUAAUGAGAAGGCAGAGGCUGAGAAGAUUCUACAAAUAAAGAGAGCUGGGGCCGGGGGUGAGGCAGAAGCAAAGUAUCUCUCUGGACUGGGUAUUGCUCGCCAGCGACAAGCUAUUGUGGAUGGCUUGAGAGAGAGUGUGUUGGGCUUCUCUGAGAAUAUGCCAGGGACCACUGCAAAGGAUGUCAUGGACAUGGUCCUGGUCACCCAGUACUUCGACACAAUGAAGAAAAUUGGUGCUGCCUCUAAAUCCUCUGCUAUUUUUUUUCCUCAUGGACCUGGUGAUAUCCGUGAUGUUGCUACCCAGAUUCAAGAUGGUCUUCUUCAGGCUUCAUCCCACCAGUAAUUGCGCAAAUUUUCCAGGCUUUGACAGGAGCUUAUGCUUGCUGAAUAUUUCUGUAAAGCUUUCAUAUGUUGAACUCUGGUUUUGGGUUAUUUUCAUUUAACUGGACAUGACUCUAAAAGUCAUGUGAGAGUUGCAUGAAUGUGAUGUUCUCUCAAUCUUGCGUCCUGGAUCAAUCAGUUCAAUUUCAUUUUAUUUUCUUGGCGUUCAUGUUUUCAAAGUGAAAUGCUUUCUCAAGAUGUAUUCAAAGUGCAUGGUUGUACUUCAUUAUAAUUUUACAUAUCACAAGAGAAUUGAGCUAUAACAGCAGGUACAACUAGUGUUACAUACACUAAUUAUUUCUGUACGAAGAAUAAUAUCAGCAGCAAUGCAUAUUAUGUCUUAGACAUGGCUGGUCCUGCAUGUCUAGACGGCCUCUCCACUUGCUUCUGUGACAUUGAUUUCAACUUCUUGAAGAAGUUUAAGAAUAUCCUCCCUUUUCUUGGACAGUGCCUCCAUCUUGGCGUCGAGCUUCUGUAGCUUGGCCCUUAGCUUCGCAGGGUCCUUCUUAUCUUCAGGGUUCUUGUUCUUCUUCCCCUUCUCACCAUCUUCUUUAUCCUUUUUAUCUUUACUUUCCUUGUCUUUCUUCUUCCUGUCUUUGGUUUUCUCCUCUCCCUUCUCUUCUUUCUCGUCGUCACCCUUUUCAUGCUUCUCUUUUUUCUCAGCUCCCUCAUUCUCUCCCAUAUUUAAUCUGAUGUAACUACAAUA